AUAUGAACGCACAGACAGUUUAGGGUCCAGCUUGUUUCACACUUUCAGUUCCCAUUUGUCUGGUGAAGUCAGCGACGUUGCGUGUUUCACAGUGAAGCAAUAAGAUAAAGUUAACAUUCAUCACAAGCUUCAAGGACCAGGAUUCUCAUGCUGCCUUGUUUACAUGAUGGACGGCUAUGUUAUACCACCUGCAUCAGAGGAAAUCCUUCCAAAUGAACCAGAGAACUAUCGACCUCCUGCAGAGCUGUACCCGUACCUCACUAAUGUGGGGGAGAUUUAUGAAGGUGAGACGACUACCAUUGAAAAGAGCACAAAUCACUACACAACUGGGUGCCUCACCUUCUGUCACAUUUCAGACCACAGAUGGACCUUCCACUCGGAGCGUGUCCAGCCAACGGACUUUGAGAACUCUCCAGUGAAUCACCUCGUAGAGCUUCAGCCGGUGUCUCCACAACAACUGGUGCAGCCGUACCGCUUCAGCAGUGAGUCUCUGCCCCUCCACCUGGACCCUUCACUUGGACCUCUCUCUGUGUCACCACAAAUCCCGUAUUACACGCCAUCCUCGUGCUACCAGUACCAACCCUCUGCCUCGCCUGGACAUUACUACUCAGAGGAGGAACAAAGAGGAAUCAGUCCUCCAUUUGAGGUUUCAGAAGGGGAGGAUGAAUUUGAAGUCCACAGCCACUCCUCCUUCAGGAAAGACACUAGUCUCCUAUUUUCCAAUCAAGGCAACAAGAAGAAAAUCCGCCUGUACCAGUUCCUCCUGGACUUGCUAAGAAGGGGUGACAUGAGUGAAAGUAUCUGGUGGGUGGACCAGGAGAAGGGCAUCUUUCAGUUCUCCACAAAACACAAAGAAGUUCUGGCCAGCCACUGGGGUACCCAGAAAGGAAACCGCAAAAAAAUGACUUACCAAAAAAUGGCUCGAGCUCUGAGGAACUAUGGUAAAUCUGGAGAGAUUAAAAAAGUAAAGAAGAAGCUGACCUACCAGUUCAGUGAGGAAGUGCUGAGGAACUUCUAUUUACGUCAGUAUCCUCACUGAUGAGGGAAUAAAGGCUGUCAAAAUGCUGAAAUCACUUAACUAGCCUAGAUUGUGUUUUCCUGCAAUUUCACUUAGUAGUUUUUCUACAAAGUUUUCUUACCUAUUUAUUUGUGAUGCCAGUGUACAUCCUCUACGAUAUUUGUUUCCAUACAAACUCUUUCAUUUCAAACUCAAAUGGAUUUUUGUGAGUGAAUUCAUGUGUUUGUGUACUAGGAUUAAAGCAUAAUUAAACAUCAGGGAUGAAAAAAAAAUACCUACAUGAUCUUUUUGUCACAAAGGUGUGUAAAUAAAUAUUAUGUUCCAUUACUUUUUGUUGUAUUACUUGAAUAAACUAAAUCAGUCUUUAAA